GACGCCGCGAGGCCGCAGUUCCGGAGGCCUUGUAUUGUCCGACGAGCGUCGUAGGGCAUUCGCGACGUGUAAUUGCGGCUGGAAAGCAGAGUUUUUAUGUGUAGGUCUCUAAGAGGCCAGAGGGGCCUUGGUAAGAGGAAGCCUUUGGGUCCUUAAAGGACGUGGUAAGAGGAGGAUUUAAGACACCACCGGAAGGGAGUAACUGUCGGGAGUGUGUGUGACGCCCAGUCUUCCCGGAAGCGCGCUUUUCUGUUGUCUUCCGAGUUGGAUUGAACCUCCUCAGUCCCCGUAGGCUUUGGGUCGAAAGUGCGGGUCAAGAUGGAAGUGAAUCCUCCCAAACAGGAGCACCUGCUGGCCCUGAAAGUGAUGCGGUUGACUAAGCCUACUUUAUUCACCAAUAUUCCAGUAACAUGUGAAGAGAAAGACUUACCUGGAGAUCUCUUUAACCAACUCAUGAGAGAUGAUCCUUCAACUGUAAAUGGUGCAGAAAUUUUAAUGUUGGGAGAAAUGUUGACUUUACCACAGAAUUUCGGGAACAUAUUUUUGGGAGAGACGUUUUCCAGUUAUAUCAGCGUUCAUAAUGAUAGCAAUCAAGUUGUAAAAGAUAUAUUGGUAAAAGCUGAUCUUCAGACAAGCUCUCAGCGUUUAAAUCUUUCAGCCUCCAAUGCUGCAGUGGCUGAACUUAAACCCGAUUGUUGUAUUGAUGAUGUCAUACACCAUGAAGUAAAGGAAAUUGGAACACACAUCUUGGUGUGUGCAGUGAGUUAUACAACUCAGGGCGGAGAAAAAAUGUAUUUUAGAAAAUUCUUCAAAUUUCAGGUUCUCAAACCACUGGAUGUGAAAACCAAAUUUUACAAUGCAGAGAGUGACCUCAGUUCUGUGACUGAUGAAGUAUUUCUCGAAGCCCAAAUUCAGAAUAUUACAACCUCACCCAUGUUUAUGGAGAAAGUUUCAUUGGAGCCGUCUAUAAUGUACAAUGUAGCAGAAUUAAAUUCAGUCAACCAAGCUGGAGAAUGUGUAACUACAUUUGGGUCAAGAACGUAUUUGCAGCCAAUGGAUACACGCCAGUACUUGUACUGCCUAAAACCCAAAAAGGAGUUUGCAGAAAAAGCAGGCAUCAUUAAGGGAGUAACAGUAAUCGGAAAAUUGGAUAUAGUGUGGAAAACAAAUCUAGGUGAGAGGGGAAGGUUACAGACCAGCCAACUUCAAAGAAUGGCUCCAGGUUAUGGAGAUGUUAGGUUAUCUUUGGAGGCAAUCCCAGAUACCGUAAUCCUAGAAGAACCUUUUCAUAUUACCUGCAAAAUAACAAACUGCAGCAGUGAAAGGACUAUGGACCUAGUUUUGGAAAUGUGCAAUACCAAUUCUAUCCACUGGUGCGGCAUCUCAGGAAGACAGCUUGGAAAGCUACACCCCAGCUCCUCUCUCUGCCUUGCCCUUACUCUCCUGUCUUCAGUACAGGGACUGCAAAGCGUCUCCGGCUUAAGACUAACGGACACAUUUCUAAAGAGAACAUAUGAAUAUGAUGACGUCGCACAGGUCUGUGUGGUGUCUGCGGCCACCAAAGUGGGCAGCUGAAGAAAUCUCCGUCUCCUGCUUUUCAUUGUGUUUCACAGCACUUCCUGUAUUGUCACCUUUGUAAAAUGAUCACGUCAACAGUAAAAAAUAUAUGUUAUUUAAAUUUCUUUCCUGUAAAACAGUUAAAAUAUUAAAUAUUUGUUUUGAAAAGGCCGUCUACUGGUUUUAUCUUGUGAGUUAUAUUCUAAAGGAACAUUUGCAUACUUUCUACACAUAUCCUAUGUGUUUCAUUUAGAUGACCAUUGGACUUUGUUCUCUAAAAGCUCUAUAUCUGAGGCUCUUUGUCCCCAGCAAGUAUCUAGACUGGGGGUCAGCAAAAUUUUUAUGUAAAGGGCGAGGUACAAAAUAUUUUAGGCUUUGCAGGCCAUGUGUUUUCUAUUGAAAAUACUCCUCUCUGCUGCUAUAAUGUGAGAGCAGCUAGUGGGCAAAAAGAGCACAGUGGUGUUUACAAAAUCAAGCAGCUGGCCGGCAGGCUAUAGUUUGCUGACCUUAAUCUAGAAGAUACAGCUGUUUCUUAAAACUUCAGAAUUUUUAUACUAUGUUAUUUAAAAAUAUUUCCGUUAACUCCAGUUUUUUCCCUAGCUGCUCAGUCAACAGAAUAAGCUGUUUAAAGCAACUGGGAUGGUACUCUAGUAACCUUGUAUAUGCUAACAGUAUGAAUUUUUUUAGUUGUUUUCAGAAUUAUUGUAUUGGUGUGUAUCUGUGUGUAUACAUGCAAAUCUACACGUCGAGUUUCAGUUACUAACAGCAGAUCAUAAUUGGUUUUAUUUCUCAGACUGUUGAUUACUCUGUUAACAUUUAACUAGGAAGCCUGAUGCUUUUCUAAGUCCAAAAGUCCGGUUUUUUUCCUCAUUAAAAAAAAAAACCACUUAUUUUAAUAGGCAUAUUUAAAGGAUUUCCAGCUUCUGAUAAUUUGAUUUUGAACUCUAAACCAUGUAUUAAUAUUAUAAAACUUUCUAUUUCUACAUGUAAUUACACUAAUUUACUUAUGCCCUGAACAAAACAGUGAAAAAGUUAAGAUUGUAAACAACUUUGAAACAUGAACAUAAUAAAUGUUUCAAUGUUUUGUCAGAAAAUAAAAA